UAGCAGGAGAAGGGCCCAUUCUCAUUCCUGAGGUGAUGGCGGUGGGAGGGGGUCGUUUCCCUGCCUCCCACCUCCACGUCGGCGAGCCAUAGAUGCCCCCCACCCUGCUCAGGAAAAUAGAGGCUGUUUGGUCACCAGAGAAGCAGGGAGCGACGUCGGUUCUCCCUCCCCAGUGGGGGUCGGAGAGAAUGGAGGUGUAGGUGGAUGGAGAAUGCUUCUGCCUUCUUCGACCCCAUUGCGGUUGUUGCCUGGGAGGAGAUCGCUGUCUUCAGGAAGGUGGGAGUCAAUCAUUUUGACAAGUCUCCCAAAAGGAGCAGCUAGCAGGAGCUGAAGCUUUUCCCAUUUGGUCUCGCGGCAAAGGCAGAGAUCACGCCAGCAGCUCCAUACAAUAUGAUGUGCUCACUAGUGCCCUCUGGACAGUCUUUUGGUACUUCUCUCUUGCCUAAAGAUACUGCCUCAUUUUCUUGUCGUUCUUUGGAUGAGGAUGAGUUGGAUGACUCCUUGCUGGAGCUGUGUGAUGGAGAAGAAGAUGAUGGCAAUUUGAGUUUAACGGAGGAAGAGAUUGAGGAGUUCUUAAGGGAUGAUGACUCAUCAAAUGAGAACUCUUCUGGGAGAGAAGGGUUGCUUAAAGAUGACAGCAGGCAUGUUGAAAAGGGAAGGAGAGGGAGUCAAAUUCUGCCUGACACUCCCCAAGAGAAAAAUUCAUUGUUCAGCUUGGGACCAGUAGCUGAGACCCCUGGCCUCUUCAAACUACCUCAUCUAAGUACAUCAGUUGGUCAUGGACCGACUCCUACUAAACCAUUAAACAGACGCUUUGCACUAGAAAAGAAUCUUAUAAAAAUAACAGUUGUUGCACCAUUUGAUCCAACAGUUUGUGAUACUGUGCUUGAUAAGGACAAGACUGAUUCAUCCAAAGAUUCUGAAAAACCCUUUUCCUUUGGAGAACAGAUGAGAAAAGAUGAUCUUAGCCCAAAUGAGAGCAAACUUCGCACUGAUUCUGAAGGCAGCCCCAGUAACUCUACUUGGGAUGGGCCCCUGCUUCCUUCUCCUUCAGACAAUAACUUUCAACAAACUGUCUCUGAUAAAAAUAGGCCUGACAGUAAGAAACCUACACCUGAAUUCUCUCAGAUCUUGCACCACUCAGAGACUCCUAAUAUGGGGUCAUCCUGGAGAAAUGGAUCACAUAAAUCAACUUGUGAAAUGAGGUUUCCAGUUAUUUCCAGUUCUUCAGACAAAGAUGUUCUUGACAAGGAUUCUGGGAAGCUGAAAGUCCGUGAGAGAAGACUAGGCAAAGUCAUUCCUGUUCUGCAAGCCCAAACAAGGACUAAUGUGUCAACGUUUUCACAAUCAGAUCUAGAAGAGCAGAAGCAAAGUUACCUCAGGAGUGUCAUUGCUCACAUAGAAGACCCAGUGGACUCUAACCAAGGUACCUUGAGGGAGCUGUGUGCCUUGAUGGAUCAAGUUCAUCAUAUGCAGAACCAAAAAUGGCAGCAUCCCUCGGACCUCACCACACGAAAUUAUGCCCGGUUCCGACGUUCUCUGCAAAGAUACAGUCUGACUCAGUGGGUUGACAGGAACAUGCGAAGCCACCAUCGGUUCCAGCGGCUCUCAGAUUUCCCGUGCAGUCCAUUUGUCUCAUCCCCUCAGCAGUAAAGGUUCAUAUUCAGGGUCCUGUCCAGAGCAGUAUCUCAUCUUCUGCUGUUUUGUGCUUUAUAGAUUUUGAGUUUUAUUUUUCACAAGAUUUUUAUUUAAAGAAUGUGUCACCUUUUAGAAAUGCCCAUUGCUGACUUGAAUUUUUUUGUAUAAGGUCCUUCCUGUUUGUGUAUGUGUAUAAGCAGUAAUAAGUUGAUAUAGUUUUUAUUUUUUAAUUUAAGUUGAAGGUGGCUGCCUCCUGAA